UAAAAGCAGCAUUUAUGUCUAUAGCAAUUAGCUAAUCUACCAUCCUGUGCGCCUGGGAUUGCAGAGCAAGUUAAUCCUGAAUGGCAUAAUGGGAUUGUAGGGGAUGUCUGCAACCAUUGUUGAUAGUCACUAAGGGACAUCUCAAUGUCUGCACCCUCACCAUCCAAUACAAUGCUGGAUACAGCAAAGAAGCAAACUACUACAUGUGUGGAGCGACCUGGCUUUAGACACCACAAAAAAGAGAACUAUGUGUGCCAAGCAUCUCUGUCUCGACAGAGCACAGAGGGCAGUGAGGAGGUCACUCAGCUUCGUAAGCUAAACGGCUCUCCCAUUGAGUGUCCAAGCCACCAGAACCUCCAUAAAGAACUGCUGCUUAGCCAUAAGAGGGGUCUGUUGUUGGAGGAGAAGCCAGAGCUGCAGAGGGUUUUGGAGCAGCGCAGGUUGGAGCAGCACCGAGAGCAGGAGCUCGCCCUCCGACCUCCCUCCGACCUGGAGCAGGAGCUUCGCAAGAGACAGCAGAGACUGCAGGAGUAUGAAAUGGAGGAGAUAAAACGCAGAGAAGGUCGAGAAAACGUCCCCGAGUUUGUGCGGGUGAAGGAAAAUCUGCGGCACAUAGAAGUAUCAGAACAAAAUGGCUGA